AUGCCUUCCACAUUCCCUUGCGCCACCUGCGGUACGGCCCUCAACGGCAGUACUUUCGAAUAUCAAAAGCACAUGACACAAUGCCACUGGUCUGGUAACAACAAUGCCUUCCCUUUGCGUUCCAUCUUCACCACUUCUACUCUCAGCCCUACUGCACACAUCAUCAACUGGCUUGACACCACUCCUGCUGGUUGCUCUGCCACUGCUGAUUCUGCACUCGCUGCCCCUCUUACUGCCUUCCUCUGGCCCUCACUCCAACCCACCAUUGCCACUUCUUAUCACUAUAGUCCUCUCUAUACUAACGCCGCAUGGGCUCAAAUGAAGUCCAACACUUCAGCUGACCCUUGCCGCCCUUCCUUCUCCCUCAGAAAUGCAUGGCCACCUAGAUCACUUGACUCUGAUUCAGGCUGUGAGAUUUCUCCUUCCAACUCUGAAAUUUCUCCUUGUGAAAGAGCUGCUGCUGCUAGAUCUUCACCUACUACUGCUCCGACUUUGAAAAGAAAGAGAAGUGUUGAUGAUUGUGGUGGUCUUGAGAGAGCCACUCAACGUCUUCGUCUCGAUUCUCCUCUUGCUUCCGACAUUACACCAAAAGUUGCCGAGUUUUUGGCCUCUAUGAAUAUUACUCCUUGCUCUGGCAAACGCGUUUACCUUCGUCCUGUCAGAUGUUCUGAUCUCUCAACUUGUUGA